AAAAAUCAAAAUGAAAUUUCUGGCUAUUUUCGCAACUGUUUUGAUAGCAGUCACUGCUUCUACCAAUGAAGAUCAAUGGAUUGCGUUCAAGCAAACUCAUGGAAAAACUUACAAAAGCUUGUUGGAAGAAAGAACAAGAUUCGGAAUAUUCCAAAGUAACCUGAUGAAAAUCAAAGAACAUAAUGCCAGGUAUGACAAAGGAGAAGAGACUUACUUCUUGGGAGUCACUCGUUUUGCGGAUUUGACCCAUGGAGAGUUCAAAGAUUUCCUAAGGAGACAAAUCAAGAACAAACCUCGUUUACAUGCAACACCUACAGUAUUUCCAGAAGAUCUGGAAGUUCCAGAUUCCAUAGAUUGGACCGAGAAGGGAGCAGUUUUGGAAGUUAAAGAUCAAAAUCCAUGUGGUUCUUGCUGGGCUUUUAGUGCUACCGGAGCUUUGGAGGGACAAAAUGCUAUUCUGAACAAUGUGAGGAUCCCUUUGAGCGAACAGCAGUUACUCGAUUGUUCUGGUUCUUAUGGCAAUGGUGACUGUGAUGAAGGAGGUAUUAUGUCAGCCGCAUUCGAAUAUGUCAGAGACUAUGGAAUAGAAGCAGAGGAGUCUUAUCCAUAUAAAAGCAUAGAAACUGUGUGCCAGUACGAUGCUAGCAAAACAAUUCUGAAAAUCAAAGGGUACAAAAAUGUGACCACAUCUGAAGAGGGGCUCAGAAAAGCUGUUGGAACCAUCGGUCCGAUAUCGAUUGCCAUGAAUGCUGAUCCACUACAAUUGUAUUUUGGAGGAAUAUUAAGCGGAAGAGGCUGCACAGAUGAACUGGAUCACGGUGUACUUGCUGUAGGUUAUGGAGAGGUAUCUCAGUCGUCUGGAAAUACCAAGUUCUGGAAAGUCAAAAACUCCUGGGGAGAUUACUGGGGAGAGAAAGGGUACUUCAGAAUCAAAAGAGAUGCUAACAACCUAUGUGGUAUUGCCGAUGACCCAACUUACCCAGUUCUUUAAUAAGGAUCAUUUGGUUGAUCACUUUUUGUCAUCAUAAACUUUCUAAAUAUUUUAUUCACGAUCUUUAUUGACAAUGUAUGAUAACUGAAAAAUAAAUACAUGGUAGAC